AUGACUGGAGGCGGCAAAUCCGGCGGCAAGGCCAGUGGUGCCAAGAACUCGCAAUCCCGAUCUUCCAAGGCUGGUCUGGCUUUCCCCGUCGGUCGUGUCCACCGUCUGCUCCGCAAGGGCAACUACGCUCAGCGUGUCGGUGCCGGUGCUCCCGUCUACCUCGCUGCCGUCCUUGAGUACCUGGCUGCCGAGAUUCUCGAGCUGGCUGGCAACGCCGCCCGUGACAACAAGAAGACCCGUAUCAUCCCCCGUCACCUGCAACUCGCCAUCCGGAACGAUGAGGAGCUGAACAAGCUGCUCGGACACGUCACCAUCGCCCAAGGUGGUGUCCUGCCCAACAUCCACCAGAACCUGCUCCCCAAGAAGACUGGCAAGCCCGGCAAGAAUGCGAGCCAGGAGUUGUAG